AUGGCUGCGCUGGCAAUACAAAGGACUGACAACUUUUUGCACACCUUUUUACAGGACCGGACGCCCAGCUCCUCUCCAGAGGGAGCCCCUAACGCCCUCUCCUUCCUGGCCACCACCUGUAGCCAAGCCUGGCAGGUGGGAGGCACUAUGGGCUCAGAAGGAUCCCAGUUCCCCUACGAGGGCACCGUCAGCUCCACAUCAGGAAUGUUUCAGCUCUGGAGCAACGACAUGGCGCCCAGCACAGCCCUCAGCACACACCAGAUGACCUUCACGGUGCCCAAGGUGCAGUUCCCAGGACACAUGCAGUCUAGCCUGGGUCACCAUCAUCAUCACCCCCAUCAUCACCACCACCAUGAGCUGCCUCUCACCCCACCGGCUGAACCUCCCUCUUCGUACUCCUUCGAACUCUCCCCCGUUAAAGUGCUGUCCUCGCAGCCACAGGCCAACGGCCCCUAUUAUCCUCAGCACAACAGUGUGGGACAAAACUUCCCCAGCUUCCUCCAGAACUCCUCAGCCAGGCAUCACCUGCCUGGAGGCCAUGUAGAGGACGGGCAGCAAUGGUGGAGCCUACCCCAAACCAACGCCACCCCUUCCAACCAUCCCUUCUCCCUUGGCAGACAGCUGGUUUUGGGCCACCAGCCCCAGAUAGCUGCUCUUCUCCAGGGUACCUCCAAGGGCCUGCUGAGUUCUACACGCCGUUGCCGCCGCUGCAAAUGCCCCAACUGCCAGGCAAAUGGUGGGGGGUUAGAGUUCGGAAAGAAGAGACUACACAUCUGCCACAUCCCGGAGUGUGGCAAAGUGUACAAGAAGACCUCUCACCUGAAGGCACAUCUGCGCUGGCAUGCUGGGGAGAGGCCGUUCAUCUGUAACUGGCUCUUCUGUGGUAAAAGCUUCACCCGUUCAGACGAGCUACAGCGCCACCUCCGCACGCACACUGGAGAGAAGCGCUUUGGGUGCCAGCAGUGCGGCAAGAGGUUCAUGAGGAGUGACCACCUCUCCAAACACGUCAAGACCCACCAGACCAGGAAGAGCCGGUCUGGGCAGCCUUCACAGAGCACGGACCCUCUGCUCACCAAUAUCAAGAGAGAGUAAUCUCUGUUGUCCAUAAUUCAAAAGAAAUAAUCAAUCAAUGAACAGACUGUGUGACUUUACACUUACUGCCAUAGGUUUGCACUAGAGGGUAAGCAUCAAGCUCCCCGAACAUCUUCUGUUGUCAAAGCCCUACUUUUGACUUCAAGUAGUACCAUAAGAAUAUAUUUAGAGACCAUUUUUAAUCAAAGUAAU